AGGACUCCUUCAUUUCAUCCUUACUGGGGCUCAGCAUGGCGCAGGAGGAGGACAAACACAGCCUGGAGGCGAAAUUUGACGCUGCAGUUAGAGUGAUCCGGAGUUUGCCUGAAGAAGGUCCUUUCCAGCCGUCUGAUGACAUGAUGCUGAUGUUCUAUAGUUACUACAAGCAGGCCACUCUGGGGCCCUGCAACAUCCCCAGACCUAACGGCUUCUGGGACACUCGUGGUAAAGCUAAAUGGGAUGCAUGGAGUGCUUUAGGAAAUAUGACAAAGGAGGAAGCCAUGAAGAAUUAUAUUGAGGACAUCCAGCUGAUUUUGGAGACCAUGCCAAUCUCAGAAGAAGUGUCUGAACUGGUGCAGCAGCUUGGUAGCUUUUACACAGAGGUAGAUGGAGAAGAAGAAGGUGAAGAAGCGGAAGAAAACGAGGUGGACAGGAGACCCUUCACCAGGCCUUUUGCAAAUCAUCAAGAUGAGCUGAUCAAAGAACUUAACAAACCAAUAUUGGAAGGCUAUGGGGAUCUGUGGGAUGAUAUACAGAACCUCCAAGAGAAUAAUAGCGGUGUUCCUGGCCUUAGUGUCAGUAGCGAGGAGGCAGAGGGAAGCAGAGAAAAUAGUGAAAUCGAGAGAAAUGACGAAAGUAGUGAUUGGAGGAACAGUGAGGAAGAGGAGAAUGGGGAUGAAGAAGACAAUACAGACGAUGAAGACAAGAAGGAGGAAGAGGAGGAGGACAAAGACUGGAAACCUGACCCGAGGCUGCUGAUGGUGGACAAGAGGUGGAGGUCUGACACCAGGGGGUCCAGCAGCAGCAUGGAGCCCAGCAUGUCCUCCUUCACCAACGGGACACACAGCUCCCUCAACAGUGAGGUGGAGGAGGAGGAGCUGGCCUGCUCCAGAGAACCCAGCGUGCACUGUAACUCCUAUAUGCACUUUAAUGGACACCUGAGUGGGUGUAGUGAUGCUGUUCGUGAGAAGAACCACCGAUCCACAGACUCCGAUAACGAGGAAUUCUGUGACUCAAUGGAGCAUCUGGCCAUGGAAGAGGGGCUGUCUUCAACAAAAAUACUGUCACCUGGAUCAGGAGCUGCCACAGUGAGGCAAAGGGAUCUUUGGUUUGAGAGCAACACUACCCUGAAUGGAGGCGAGGAUCAAGUACUCAUAGGAGAUUCCUACCUUACGGAAGGGAUUAGUGCAAGCCAGCACAACAUGUCCUUGUCAAGAAGAGGGAGGGGUUCACAAUCACCGAGGGCCACCUGCAGCUCUCAGCGGUGUGCCAGCGCAGAUGCUGCCUGCUGUUGUGUGUCACCGAGGCAACAUCCUGGCAGUGUUGUCAGGGGAAAUGUCAAUGAGCAAAUAGCUACGGCUCUGCUGAGGCUGCAGCAUGACAUGGCAACGGUGCUGCACAGGCUGCACACUCUGGAGGCGCUCACAGUGUCACAGACAAGAUCAUCUUCACCAAGGCAGGAGGACUCUCUACCUGUAGCACAAAAGUUCCUGAGACCUUCUUGGUGGCCUUUUGACUUCUGUCCACUCACAGCAGUGUUGACUGCAAUCUGGCCUCUGAUUGCCCAUUGGCUAGUCCAGCUUUACUUACAGCGAAGGCGAAGGAAAAUCCCCUGAACUGUCUGACAUCAACCGUCGGCAUCAAUCAAAGAACAUGAAGCUGGGAUGCAAUUGUUGCACUUUUGUUGCUUUGUGGGUUUUUCAAACCACAGAUGGAGUAUAUCGAGGCACCAGUACAAAUGGAAAGACUACCUUAGAUAAAUGAAUGGUCAGAAGGGUCUGUAAAGGAAUACUUUACAAUAUAGUGUAGCAUUUUAACUUGAUGGAUUGUUUUUAGGUGUUUAAGAAAGGAAAGAUUUGUCCAUUAUAAAUGCUGGCACAUUUUCUUUGUGACAGUGAGUUUAGCAUUAGGUGGUGAUCUUAUUUAUGACAUGCCUCACAGAUCACCAGGGACUCAAUAUACUCAUAACUCACAUAACCGAGUCAACCUUUAAUUAAAAUUAAUUCAUGAUCAAACAGUAGCUGUGGACCUUAGGCGAUGCUCAUUAUUUCAUUUGUUGUACAUUUAAUAUUUCAUUGAGGUUUCAGUUCAUGUUUUUGUCAACCUAUAUCUUUUUUUUUCUAAUUACUAUGGACUUUUAUAUUUAUUGUUAGAAAUAUACAAAUAUUUUAGGAGCAUAGACCAAAAUAGACAUGGUGACCAAUAUUGUUAUUUGUGUGUAAAAGUGUGUAUUUAUUUUAUGGCUACAGUGCAAUAAUAUGAAAGAUUAUACUUUUGCAUAAAGUGAGAUAAGGACAAUCCAUAUAUUCAUUCAUGGUUUUUUUUUUUGUCAGCUGUACAGUGAAAAUGAAAACUUGUCUAUGUCAAAGCAAGGGUGCUUUCAAAUAUACAGUUGUUAAACAUAGGUAUAUAAAAAUGAUUUUGACAUGCAAUAAACACAUUCUUGGGACGAACACA